CCCGGUCUCCCUCUCCCUCGCGGCCCCUCGGGUCUUCGCCUGACGACGCUGCUCUCUCAGGCAUUCCGGCGGAAACCGACGUCGUGAGAGGACACGUAUCCGUAGUCUCGUUACGCGUACACGCCACAGCCGCCGCCGCCGCUACCGCCGCCGCUCUUUCGCACUCCGGGAGUUCGGUACGAGUCGCGAAGUCGCGAGUCCCUUUCUGGAUUAUCGACGCGUCGCAGGGUCGUCGAUCGGACGGGCAACAUGAGCACCAAGGAGAACAACGAGGUCGCCGUCGAGAAGGUGACGGAGAACGACAAGGCAUCCGCGGACGCGAAAUGCGACAUCAAGGGGAUCAAGAGGCCAGCCGAGGAGAAAAAUGAGGAAACAAAAAAACAGAAAAAAGAAGAGAACGGAGAUGGUGAGGUAGAAGAAGACGAAGUUGAAGAUGAAAUCGAAGACGAAGAGGAGGCAGACGGUGACGGAGAGGAAGAUGACGACGACGACGACAUACCUGAAGGCGAAGAAGAUUUGGAAGAGGGAGAAGAUGAGGAAGAUGACGAUGCGGAAGGUGAAGUAGAAGGUGAAGUAGAAGACGAAGAAGAGGACGCAUAAUGAAAGAAGGGGGAGGAAUAUGUAACUAAGAAGGGAGGCGUUAGGCACGUGGCGUCAUCGUCGAUUUUCGGCAAACUCAGCAAACUUACUCUCAUAUUGAGUGGUUGGUAAUAAUGUUGAUAUCCAUCGUGCCCAAUCCGUGUUACUGGAUCCUCUCUCUUCCGACCUACAACUAAAAAUUACCACCUCACCGGAAUUGUGGUGGGCUGACACGCAUUAGAUGCGAACGCAAUCCUCUUGUCUUGGCUCUUCGCAAUUCUGGUAGUCUAGCCGUCACCAAAUGCUAUUAGGUAGUUUGAAUGAUAACUGUAUAUUCGUCCUGUGGACUCGGCGGGGUUCAUUCUACUUGCUAUUCAGAUUCUUAUUUCGAUCGUUUGUUCGCGCGAAUUCCCACGACGAAUCUAUCGUUUUAUCCGAACCACCUACUAACAGGUAUUUGCCGUCAUCUGGCUUUCUUCGUCGGGACAACAUUUUAUAUAAUGAAACUUAUUUAAGAUAUACAAAAAAACUAUUAUAUUUAAAUAGUUGUAAAAUGAAUUCGAAGGUGAUUUUUUUUACAUUUAAAAUCAAAUUUACGUUUGUAGUUUGACGAAUGUCUCUCACCUUGUGCGUGUGA